UCACAACUCUCUCAAAUGCACAGCAGCUCUUGUAGCUUCUGAUAGGUAAAAGGAUAGUUUUCUUUUACAUUAAUGAAAGAAAAGCAAAAUGGUUGUCAAGCUGCUUGGACCUGCCUAUGCCUCCUGCUGCAAAAGGGUGCUCGCAUGCCUGAUAGAAAAAGAUAUUGAGUUCGAAAUUGUGCCUAUUGAUAUAGAUAAUGGGGAGCAUAAAAAACCAGAGUUCCUGGCCUUACAACCAUUUGGAAAAGUUCCAGUAGUCCAGGAUGGAAGUCUCACCCUGUUUGAAUCAAGGGCUAUCAUAAGGUACUAUGCAGAGAAAUAUGCAUCACAGGGGACUUGUCUGCUGGGCAAGACUUUGGAGGAGAGAGCAUUAGUUGAACAAUGGCUUGAAGUUGAAGGACAGAACUUUAAUCCUCAUGCUUAUGCAUUACUUUAUCAACUGCUCUUUGGCCCAAGGAAGAAUAAGCCUCAGGACAAGGCAUUGAUUGAGAGCAGUGCUCAAAAGUUGGGGGAAGUGUUAGAUGUGUAUGAAGAGAGGCUGUCAAAGAGCAAGUACUUGGCAGGGGAUUUUUUCAGCCUUGCUGAUCUGACCCAUCUUCCAUAUAUUGAGUAUAUAGUGAAUGUUGUUGGUAAGGGACAUCUGAUUAGGAAUAGGAAACAUGUGAAUUCGUGGUGGGAGAAUAUUUCCUCUAGACCUGUGUGGAAGAGGGUUUUGGCUUUGGCUAUGUGAAAUCCGGGAUCUAGUAGCAUGUUAAGCUUUAUAUGUAAUAAAGCAUGGAAGAUCUAUUGGAGUAUUGAGGUUUACUUUUUAUAAAGCAUGGAAGAUUUCCUAGAAUAUUAAGAUUUAAAGUUCUUAAGUAAUAAAGUUUGGAAUAAUAUUUUGACCUUU